AACUACAACUUCUCCAACUACAACCACAACUUCUCCAACAACAACUACAACUUCUCCAACUACAACCUCUACAACAACAACCAUCCAACUACAACCACAACUUCUCCAACAACAACCACAACUUCUCCAACUACAACCUCUGCAACAACAACUACAACUUCUCCAACUACAACCACAACAUCUCCAACAACUACGUCUUCUCCAACAACAACCACAACUUCUCCAACAACAACCACAACUUCUCCAACAACAACUACAACUUCUCCACCUACAACCACAACUUCUCCAACAACAACCACAACUUCUCCAACUACAACCUCUGCAACAACAACCACAACUUCUCCAACUACUACCACGUCUUCUCCAACUACAACUUCUCCAACAUCAACUACGACUUCUCCAACUACAACCACAACUUCUCUAAAAACAAUUACAACUUCUCCAACUACAACCACAACUUCUCCAACAACAACCACAACUUCUCCAACUACAACCUCUGCAACAACAACUACAACUUCUCCAACUACAACCACAACAACUACGACUUCUCCAACUACAACCACAACUUCUCUAAAAACAACUACAACUUCUCCAACUACAACCACAACUUCUCCAACAACAACCACAACUUCUCCAACUACAACCUCUGCAACAACAACUACAACUUCUCCAACUACAACCACAACAUCUCCAACAACUACGACUUCUCCAACUACAACCACAACUUCUCCAACAACAACCACAACUUCUCCAACAACAACCACAACUUCUCCAACUACAACCUCUGCAACAACAACCACAACUUCUCCAACUACCACCACGUCUUCUCCAACUACAACUUCUCCAACAACAACUACGACUUCUCCAACUACAACCACAACUUCUCCAACAACAACUACGACUUCUCCAACUACAACCACAACUUCUCUAAAAACAAUUACAACUUCUCCAACUACAACCACAACUUCUCCAACAACAACCACAACUUCUCCAACUACAACCUCUGCAACAACAACUACAACUUCUCCAACUACAACCACAACUACAACCACAACUUCUCCAACAACAACUACGACUUCUCCCACUACAACCACAACUUCUCCAACAACAACUACAAUGUCUCCAACUACAACCACAACUUCUCCAACAACAACUACGACUUCUCCAACUACAACCACAACUUCUCCAACAACAACUACGACUUCUCCAACUACAACCACAACUUCUCCAACAACAACUACAACUUCUCCAACAACAACCACAACUUCUCCAACUACAACCACG